AUCGCGACCCCUCCAUAUUAUUUCUCCUUCACAAGCGCGAAAUAUUCGAAACCCCUCUCAACCUCCUUACUCAUCUCCUCUCUCGAUCUGCGGCGAUCUCUUCCCAAAUCCGGUUUCCGCUCACUCGAUCUCUAAAUCAGGUCGUCGAGAAGGAGAAGAUGACGGGGGAGUCGGAGAAGAGCUGGAUCCUGAUGGCGACGGCGCGAUCGCCCACCAACAUUGCGGUGAUCAAGUAUUGGGGGAAGCGCGACGAGGAGUUGAUCCUACCUGUUAAUGAUAGCAUCAGUGUUACGCUCGAUCCGGAUCAUCUCUCCGCAACCACGACCGUCGCCGUUAGCCCUAGCUUUGAGCAGGAUCGCAUGUGGCUUAAUGGCAAGGAGAUUUCAUUGUCUGGAGGAAGAUACCAAAACUGCCUGAGAGAGAUCCGGAAGCGCGCUCGUGAUGUUGAGGACGAGAAGAAGGGCAUUCGGAUCCAAAAAGAUGAUUGGAAUAACUUGCAUGUUCAUAUUGCUUCAUACAACAAUUUCCCCACUGCUGCUGGUUUGGCUUCUUCUGCCGCUGGCUUUGCAUGUCUUGUUUUUGCCCUUGCAAAGCUGAUGAAUGUGAAGGAAGAAUAUGGAGAGCUUUCCUCCAUUGCCAGGCAAGGCUCAGGCAGUGCAUGCCGCAGUAUAUAUGGUGGAUUUGUCAAAUGGGCCAUGGGAAAUAAUCCCGAUGGAAGCGACAGCAUUGCGAUUCAACUAGCUGAAGAAACACAUUGGAAUGACCUUUUUAUUGUCAUAGCAGUGGUUAGCUCAAAGCAGAAGGAAACAAGUAGCACCUCUGGAAUGCGUGAAAGUGUUCAGACAAGUGCACUCUUAAAAUACAGGGCUGAGACUGUGGUCCCUAGUCGAGUGUUGAAAAUCGAAGAAGCCAUUAGAGAUCAUGAUUUUGCAUCUUUUGCCCGCAUUACUUGUGCAGAUAGCAAUCAGUUUCACGCAAUCUGCUUGGACACUACCCCCCCUAUAUUCUAUAUGAAUGACACCUCACACAGGAUUAUUAGCCUUGUCGAGAGAUGGAACCAGUCGGAAGGAACACUGCAGGUAGCUUACACCUUUGAUGCUGGUCCCAAUGCUGUCAUGAUCGCACCGAAUCGUCAAGCUGCUGCACUUCUGCUUCAAAGGCUACUGUUCUAUUUCCCUCCCCCACAAGAUACUGAUUUGACCAGCUACAUUCUAGGAGACAAAUCAAUACUACAAGAGGCUGGUCUCCAAUCUGUGGAAGGAAUAGAGGCCCUGGCACCCCCACCCGAAAGUAAGGAUAAGGUUCCACGUAAAAAAUUCGCUGGCGACAUCAGCUACUUCAUUUGCACGAGAAUUGGAAGCGGUCCGAAACUCCUUGCUGACGAAAAUCAAGCUUUGAUUGAUCCUGUGAAUGGCCUCCCAAAGUGAUCUACCCCGGAGAGCAAAUUAGUUGUUGCUUGAUCGGCGCUUCUGUAUGUUUAGUUUCGGCCAGAGCAGAGAAUAAGUCCAAGAGCAGAGAAUAAGUUCAUCGGUAGGUAGUACCGUGUAGGACAUUCAUAACCUAGACUUUCACUCCUUUGAAGAUGCUUUAAUUUAUUUUUUGUUGUAUCUUUAUUAGUAGCAGUGAACUGAGCUGUGUUUACCGAUGUUUGUGUACACCAUCUUAGGAAUCUCUAAUUUGUUCUCUUAA